AUGUGGGCCCUGAAGAAUGAGGGGCACACUGCAGAAGAAUAUCUUUUUGAAGUGGAUGACUCAUCAGUGAAAAAAAAGAAGGGAGCAGGGAAGGCAGAAGACUCCAUGGAGAGCCAAGAUGGUGAGCAUGAGCUCACUUUGGACAUGAAUGAGAUGAUGGAAUUUGAGGAAGGAGAUGAUAAGACUGAGCACAAAGAUAGUGACUACAAGAAAGAAAUUGAAUCUUCCUCCUUCCAGUGCAAAGAUGAUGGAGACAGUAACAUCUCCAGUCGCACGGGCACAGCCUCAACGUCGAGUUCGCCGCCGAGGCCGGAAUCCAUGCCGGUACUGGCCCCUCUCACGGUCUCAGACACGUUAACCAUGCAUCCGACAGAAGGACGGCGGAAUGCGGACAUCGACGAUGCCUCAAUGAUCGUCAAUCUGGACGAACAGAGCCUCCGGGAAGAACCGAUCUCGUCCAAGGAUGACGACGACGAAGACGACGACAUGGAAGAGGAUAAGAAAAGGAAAACGAAGGGGGAAACGACGACGACAGCAGCGACAAACGAGGAGAGAAAGGCACCUCCCUCCGACCAGGAGGACAGUCGACGCCCCUCUGAGAAGAAAACGGAGGGUGCAGCGUCGUCUACCCCCUCCACCCCAAGCGGAGCGGAAUCGAAGAAGCCCAACGUCACCAUCGCCACUACUGCCACCACCCCCACCGCUACCGCUGCUGGGAAAGGCGAGAGCCGGAGAAUAGCUCAUCUGCAGCCGGCCACGCACCUUCCCUCAACCCAGAAAUCUAUAUCCGGAAACGGGACAGGAAUUGCUACACAGUCGCUUCUCCUCUUCCUGCUCCUUCUCCCGUUCCCCGUGUUGUGUCAUCACAAGAGGACUGCCAGUGGAAGCAAUGUGAGCAAGCAGAACCUGUGGGUCAGUGGCCUCUCUUCCUCCACCCGGGCAACUGAUAUCAAACAGCUCUUCAGCAAGUAUGGCAAGGUAACAGGGGCCAAAGUAGUUACAAAUGCCAAAGUGCCAGGUCAACGAUGCUAUGGCUUUGUCACAAUGGCCUCAGCAGAAGAAGCAGCCAAGUGCAUCCAGCAUCUCCACCGCACUGAACUGCAUGGGCGUCUCAUCUCGGUCGAGCGGGCCAAAACUGAUGCUACUGGUGGAAGCCAAAAGAAAGAAGGGGCUGGUGUAGCCAAGGGUGGUGGUGUGAAACGUCCCAGUGAUACAGGAGCUAGUGUGACCAAAAAGCCAGUUGAUGAGAAGGUGAAGGAGAAGGAGAAAGAGCGUGAAAAGGAGAAAGAAAGAGAGAAGGAAAAGGAGAAAGAGAAGGAAAAAGAGAAACCUGGAAAAGAAGAGAAGAAAGAGAAGGAUGAAGAGAAAGGGAAGGAAAAGGACAAGAUGGCUACCAAGGAUAAGAAAGGUGGGGAGGAGGAGAAGGGAGAAGGAGAGCGGAAGGAGAAAGAGAAGGAGCCUUCCAUAGAGGGAGAUGAGAAAGAAAAGGAGCGAGGAAGGGAAAACGAGAAGGAGAAAAUGCGGGAGAGGGUUCAUCGAUCUCACAGUCGGCAUUCACAGGAUAACCCAAACGCCUCCCGUGGGCGCAUUCACCACCGCGAGAAGGAUGUCCUCACGUUCCAGAAAAUCAAGCAAGAAAGAGAACGUCAACGCCAGAUUGAGAGAGAGCGUAUAUUGCGCGAACAAGAGCGACGUCGUCGUGAAGAGGCUCUCCGUUUACGGGAAGCAGAACGACGUCAACGUGAAGAAAGCAUGCGUCUGGAAAGGGAGCGAGAGAAAAUCAAGAUGGAACGAGAGAAGUUAGAGAGAGAGAAGUUGGAAUUACUGCGCCUUGAACGGGAACGCCUUGAAUCAGAGCGAGAGGAGCUUCGCCGAGCUCAAAUGCGAAUGAAGUGCUGUGUCCCCCCAUUGAAGACAGCUGAUGUUGCUGUGCGUAGGGCCUACAAGCGCUCGGCUGAGGAGGACCCAUACUUUGAGGAACGAAAGAGACAAAUGCGUGAUGGUCGCUUCGAUUCCCGCUAUGAGGAUAAGAGGCUGGAGUUUGAGAGGAGUGGAAGAAAGGAGAGACGCGAGGUGGAAGUGUAUGACCGCAAAGUUGAGAGGUAUGAGAGUGGUCGCCACAGUGAAGGAGAAAGAGUUCGAUCUCGGGAGGAACGACACCGAGGACGAGAUUACCCUAGUGCGAGUCGAAGUUCAGAGUGGCGUUCAUCAGGAGCUGGAAGUAGUAAGGGAACCAGUGGAUAUCUGGGAAACGGGACUGGCGCCCCCUCGGGAAUCCAAACUUGGGGGGGCGCAUCCCAUUCCCGUUCAAAGGGAAGUUCAAGUGAUCGCCCCUUGUCAUCCGUUUCGGCCAUCCCAUCUGCAGCCUGGGCGUCUUCCAGUUCAGGUUCUCGUGGAGCACCAACAUCUAGUGAUAGGUGGUACGCACCCAGGAGUGCGGUCGGAAGUAUGGCCAGUGCUGCUGCCAUAGCAGGUGUUCCAUAUGGACUAGGGGGCAUGUAUGGGAUCGGGGGACCACGCACGACGAUCAGUGGGCUCGGAGGUCCCAUGCGUGUCAGUGGGGGAUCUGUGCCCUCUGGAACCAUGAGGAAAACGGUUGGAUCCUCCAUCUCUGUCCCUGCUGGAGAACGCUUUGAUGCCUAUGCUGCCCUCAAUAUGAGACAUUAAAGGGGAGAUGGUAAUCAUGGACUCUUCACUGCUUGGUUGUAGAAAUUCCAGGAGGUGGAUGGGACCUUUCUGUGCGUGCAAACACCUCAAUGUGAAUAGCUUGUCAUGGAUCAUUGGAUGAUUUUGAUUCUUUUGGAUGGGCUGCCUUGCUAAAAUGAUAAAUUACUGUUAUGACA